AUGGCCAAGGCAAAGCCCCAAUCAACCCGCUCCCGUGCCGCCAAGCGUGCCGUCACCCCAGAUGCCUCAGACGCCGUAGCAAUCGAAAAAGUCGUCGAAUCCAUGCCCGCGACCCACGAAGAAGCCCUCCCCGCAAAACAACGUGUCCACUACGAAAUCGCAUCACUAUCAGCCCGCGGUGACUCCGGGAUCCAAAAACCUAAGCUUGCUGCACGGAAAAAGGCUUUAUCCGCAAAAGCGCGGAAGAGGAUGGAGGCGAGUCAGGAUCGUGCGGAGGCUGUGAUGGAGCAAAUGGCGAAGAAGGUGCAGAAGAGGACGAAGAGUGUGAAGAUUAUCAAGGAUAGAAGAGGAGCUUGGGAUGAGAUUAACCAGAAGGCUGAGAGGGAGAAGGCGAGGUUGGCGGCUUUGAGUCAGUUGCUGCACGAGAAGGAGUGA